GAGCCUAUCAAGGCUAAGGCUCCCCAGCUGCACUUGGAGUACAGAUUCUACCGCAUGCUGGAUGCUGUGGGAGAAAACGAUAAACCAAGAGUGGAAGGCAUUCCAAGGAUCUACUACUUUGGUGUGUGUGGGAAGUACAACGCUCUGGUGAUGGAGUUACUAGGGCCCAGUCUGGAGGAUCUCUUUGAUAUGUGCGGCAGACGUUUCACCCUCAAGACAGUACUAUUAAUAGCCAUACAAUUAAUUCAUAGGACAGAAUAUGUACAUUCUAGAAGAUUAAUAUAUCGAGAUGUGAAGCCAGAAAACUUUCUCAUAGGAAGAAGCUCCACUAAAAAAGACAAAAUAAUUAACAUAAUAGACUUUGGGUUAGCCAAGGAAUAUAUUGACCCAACGACAAACAAACACAUCCCGUAUCGGGAGCACAAGUCUCUAACGGGGACUGCCCGCUAUAUGUCUAUUAACACACACAUGGGUAAGGAGCAGUCCCGCAGAGAUGAUCUUGAAGCAUUGGGUCACAUGUUUAUGUACUUUCUUCGAGGCUCUCUUCCCUGGCAAGGUCUUAAAGCAGAUACCCUUAAAGAACGUUACCAGAAGAUUGGUGACACCAAACGAGCUACUCCAAUUGAAGUUCUUUGUGAAAACUAUCCUGAAGAGAUGGCGACGUACCUUCGGUAUGUACGACGGUUGGAUUUUUUUGAGACUCCAGAUUAUGACUACUUGCGGAAGCUUUUCCAGGAUCUUUUCGAAAGAAAAGGCUAUGUUGAUGAUGGAGAUUUUGACUGGACUGGGAAAACCAUGUUGACAGGAGUAGUGAGGAAUGGUGGGGGGCCUGAGCAAGGGGCUGUUGUUGGGCCGGGUGAUGGCAAGGAGGGUCAAAACUCCACUGCCGCCCCGCAACAGAUACUUCUGCCUUGGACACCAACGCAGCAGGUGGAUGACACCGCUCCACGGCCUCACCCGGUCAGACAUCAUGGCGGCACCAAGGGUACGGCAGCCUGGCCCGAAACCCCCAAGCAGGCAGGCAACAUAUUAGGCGGCAACCUCACCCCAGCAGACCGCCACGGCUCCGUCCAGCAAAUGCUGCUGCCCGGUAAUCCAUUCCUCAUCCUGAACAAAAUAAGUCGUCAUGGAAGGAAGCCGGCUACCUCUUUCCCUGGAGAGGAGACCAUGACUGCCAACAUUAACCUGUAUACAGCGUGCUCAGUAAAGGUUGUGAGUUCUACAAAUGGGGAGCUUGGUCCAGAUGACCCAUUAGCUGGCCACUCCAAUACACCCAUCACUGUCCACCAAGAAGGAGAUACUUCAGAUGAAACUAAAUGUUGCUGCUUCUUCAAAAGAAAGAAGAAGAAGGCUGGACGUGGCAAAUGACUGGCGGUGGUGCAGUGCUCACCAGAAAGAGAAGCCAUUGCGGUGCUGCUGCCAGCAUCACAGUCGCAGUCUAAUGAGAGUAUCCUCAACCCUCAGGCACCACCAGCAAUAGGAGGACACCCAGCCAUCCCCCACAAGCACUAAUCACUUCACCAUUACCUCAUCACCACCAGCAGCACUGCAUCUCCUCUUGAAUCGAGUACCUGCCUACUAGAUGGGUAGUCCAUCCUUGUGCCUGCAUAUUUGUCUUGUGUGAAAAUAUGUUCAUCCCAUCUCCCACAUUUUAUACAGUACUCUUAUGCCUGUGUUAAGAGCUUUUUUAUAUCAUACCAUGACUAAAUUACAUGGCUUAGAAACUGGCCAGAUGAAUGUGAUUUUUUUUUUAUAUUUUGCUGUGCACACUAAGGAGUGCUGUUAGAUGAUGGUUUGCCAAAACCAAUAUAAUUUUGGACAACCUCUUUUGCAAAUGUGUGGCAGGGAUUUAUGGAUAAAUUAUUUUAAGCCCCUUGAUUAUGAUAGACACAGUUUAAUUUAAUGUUGAAAGGAGAAUGUGCAAUACAAAUAUACUCAGUCCCAAAUAUUAUUUGGUAAUUACUGCCAGAAUUUUUUUUUAUUUCCUCUCUGACACAGAGGAACAUUUUAGCAGCAGACUGGAUUGGAAGAAUGCUGAGGUGGUGGUGGUGGUGGUGGCAGCAAGAGAAAUUAGAAGUUUUACUUCCAGGAAGUGCUUAUCAAGAGUGGAUUGACGCCCUCCUACUCCCUGGGACCUUUCUAAGGCCUACCUAGCCUGUCAUUGUGAUGAAAGCAGUCAUUUUUGGUUCCUGUGACCAUUCAGCUAGUUUCAUUUCCCUAUUUAUAAUAAAGAUAAGGAGGCUUAUUGAAAUGUCAUAUGAAGUGAAAAUGACUGAUGGAGUCGCAUUUGUUCUGUGAUUACUUAACAAGACGAGUUCACUCGCUCGUUUGCUCCAUCAACCAAAAAAGUGAAUGGACUUUUGUGCUUUGAUGAAACAUUCUUUAUUCGCCAAAUGACCAAUUGAUUUUUUUCUGUGUAUUUAGUCGCCUUUGGGAAGUACUAAUGUUUACAUACUCUGGGACGACACUAGUUUAGAUGUAGUUUGGUGGAAGCAAGUCAUGACCAGUGCAAAAGGGGCAUUUUUGCAUCCCUGUGUUGGUACCAAACUGGCACCCAAUGGCAUAGCUAUUUAAUUUUAAUAUUAUUUUACCUAGGUACCAUAAUAAAAAUGUUUUAUUUGCUUAAUGCCCAACAAACAAGAGAUGAUUCUCAUUGGUGAUGGAAGUUGACUGAGAAAUAGUGAAAGCAGAGGAGGAGACCUUAAUUACAAGAAUGGAAUAGGAGCUGUUUGAUGCUAGGAAAAGUGGAUUUUGAUCAGUGGAUAUUCCCAAGUGCCAAA